AUGUCUUUCCUCUUCUACCCAGACAUUGAACCAUACCCAACGACCUACGUGUCGCACACCUACCCGGAAAAAGGGCACCAUCUCCACCAUGUACCCCUUCCCUACCUGGCGCACAAGGUGCACCGAACAUUCCAUGACCGAGAUUUGGAUGUUCAUCAGCCCAGAGCCGACGUGCGAGAGACGUUAAAGAACUUCUACCUCGAGAUCGAGCUACCCGGAAUCAAGGACAAAUCGGAACUUCACCUGCGCUGGACAUCGAUGCGGACGCUGCUGGUCACCAGCAAAACCGCGAGACCAGAGAUCCCGGAAGAAGAACUCGCGGAUGCCCCGGUGGUCAAGCCCGCCACACCAGAAACCGACCUUCAUGAAGAAGCCAAAGUCUCGAUGGAUGAAUCACGGAAGUCUUCCACUUCGAAGUCCUCCAGCUCCACGAGGAAGGAGCCUCAUCUGACCGUCCACGAACGCCUGAUCGGUGAAGUCCUCCGUGCGUUUAACUUCCCCGUCGACGUGGAUCGCGACAACACCCACGCCAAGCUCGAUGCCGGACUCCUGCGCAUCAUCAUCCCAAAGGCCGAACAUGAGCAGACUGAGCAUGUCAACGUCCCCGUACACCACGCCGAACAACCCCUCACUGUUGAGAACUAG